CAUCUGAGGCUGAGCUAGCAACAAAUCUUUGUGGUGCGUGAAAUCUGCCCCUGAAGCCACAAGUGUCUCUCUCCCUCUCUACAUCAGCAUUUCUCUGCUUCUGUUCUGGACAUCUAACAGGAGGCACACGUGCUUCCCUCCUCAUGCAAAGAGGAAGUCGUCUGCAUGGGAAAGAAGUAAUUUCUAUCCAAAGGCUAUUGUCAAUCACACACACACACGCAGACACACACACACACACACACACACGCGAUCGAGUCUGUUCUGCAGCCAAAACUUGGACGGCUUUCUGAAGAAAAUAAUUUCCUACGAACAUGACUGCCUCCUUUUGAAAACAGCAAGAAGCUUCUAACUGCUGCUUGGCAGGAAUUGGAUCGAGUGAUGCUGCCAUAUCCAACAGAACCUGCCAUGGCUGCUGGCGAGAAUGUCACAAGCCUGCCUACAACCAAUUCAACGUGUUCCGUUACCAUUGAUGAGUUCCGAAAUCAGGUGUACUCUACGGUAUACUCCAUCGUCACCAUCCUGGGGUUUGUAGGAAACAGCUUUGUGUUGUGUGUCCUGAUAAGGACGUACCAGGACAGGACAGCGUUCCAGGUGUACAUGCUCAACCUUGCGAUUUCAGACCUCCUCUUCGUAUGCACCCUCCCUUUGCGAGUGGUGUACUACAUUCACAAAGGCAACUGGUUCUUCAACGAUUUCUUGUGCCGGGUCACUUCUUAUGCGAUGUACGUCAACUUGUACUGCAGCAUCUUCUUCAUGACAGCCAUGAGCUUCUUCCGCUGCAUCGCCAUUGUUUUCCCGGUUCAGAACAUCCAUUUCUUAACGGAGAAAAGAGCCAGGCUGAUUUGUGCUACUAUCUGGAUUUUUGUGAUGCUGACGAGCUCGCCGUUUCUGCAGAGAGGCUCGCACUUCGACAAGCAGACCAACAAGACUAAGUGCUAUGAGCCCCCAUCAGACGGGAUGGUGCUGAAGAUCCUGGUGCUGCACUACAUUGCGUUGUUUGUUGGCUUCAUUGUGCCGUUUGCCAUCAUCACUAUCUGCUGCACCAUGAUCAUCAGGGCCCUGAUGAAGAACUCAAUGCACAAGAAGCAAGGAGCCCGCAGAAAGGCUGUCUGGAUGGUCAUCAUCGUGACCUUAACCUUCCUGAUCAGCUUCUCGCCUUACCAUGUUCAACGCACCGUCCAUAUCCAUUUUAUGAUGAGAAAAGACACCAGCUGUGAGGACGUCCUCUAUAUGCAGAAGUCGGUGGUGAUCACUCUUUCUCUAGCAGCGAUGAACUGUUGUUUUGACCCACUUCUCUAUUUCUUCUCUGGCGGCAAUUUUCGCAGAAGGCUCUCUACUUUCCGGAAGGCUUCGGCCUCCAGUGUGACACAACCGCAGAGGGUGAAGUUGUCCUCAAGGAACUUAGAGGAGGAAGCAUGUAAAGAAAAGGUGCCACAAAUUGCGGAAUCGUAGCCUUCCUCCUUUCCAGAAGCUAGAGCUGGGAGGUGACAAAAAGCUAGAAGACUUGUCCAGGUUUACAUUGUUCCUCUUUGAUUUGAAGAAUGUUGUCACGGAAGACAAUACAGCUUUGAUGUAGCUGCAAAGAAUCGCUCGGCUUUGAACUGCAGAUCAUAUGCCUCUAUUUCGCGUCAGCGUUGAUGUGUGGUAGAUCUGAUAUGUAGCAGAAUGCUGACCGUACAAGCAAAUUGCACAUUAGUGCAUACUGCCCCCCCUCCCAAAAAAAAACCUAGACUGCGUGUGCAUGAGCACCUGUCUGUAAGUGUGGUUGUAAACAGAACCCUUUUCUCAUAACAUCCCUCAAUAGGUAUAACUAGAUGGGGAAAGGCAAUGGGUAACAUUUCCUGACACCAUUUCCUAACCUCCAUAUGAUGUGACUGAAAGUUCAACCAGAGGUUACACAUGUACAAAUACAUACACAUACAGCAUACCCCAUAAAUUAAGAGCUGUGUGUUUUCCAGAGACAUUGUUCAUACAUACAGUUGUAGGCACACAGACUGUCUUCAGAUCUUUUGGGUGAAUAUAUGGAAGUUGGGGGUUUCCCUGUACCACAAGUGCAUGGAAGACUACUAAGCUAUGAAACCUAUGGUAGGCAUCCUUUACUACAAGAGAAAUAAAAUCCAUC